CACUUAAGGGAUUACAAAUAUAGGAUAUGCAUGAUAUGCUUUGGCGCCCUCGGAAACAACACAAGAAUAACAAUGCGAAGAUCUCUUCUUACUUUGAUUUUAGCCUGUGCUCUGAGUUCUUCAUCUGGAGGUGAUGUUAGACUGGUCGAUAGUAGUAUUGCCUGCUCUGGUAGAGUUGAGAUCUUUCAUGAUGGCCGUUGGGGAACUGUGUGUGAUGACUCUUGGGACAUUAAUGAUGCUACUGUGGUGUGCAGACAGGUGGGAUGUGGAAAAGCUCUUAGUGCCAACGGUGGGGCUUCUUUUGGUCAGGGGAGUGACCCAAUCUGGCUGGAUGAUGUUGAAUGUUCUGGAAGUGAGAGCAGCAUAAAACAGUGCAAUCACAGGGGACUAGGAACACAUAACUGUAAACACAAUGAAGAUGCUGGUGUUACGUGUUCAGGGUUAAGAUUGGUCAGUGGCUCUGAUUCCUGCUGUGGAAGAGUGGAGAUCCUUCACGAUGGCCAGUGGGGAACUGUGUGUGAUGACGACUGGGACAUAAGAGAUGCUGAUGUUGUGUGCAAACAAUUAAACUGUGGCAGAGCCAUCAGUGCCCCUCACAGCGCAGCAUUUGGUCAGGGAAGUGGAGAGAUCUGGCUGGAUGAUGUUGGAUGCUCUGGAAAUGAAAAUUCUCUUACACAGUGCUCACACAGAGGUCUGGGAAAACAUAACUGUAAUCAUGGUGAAGACACUGGUGUUGUAUGUGCAGGUGAUCUGCAGAUGCCCAACCUUUCCAUUAUCUCACAUUUAGUUGUGUCUCCUGGAGAAAACAUUCAGUUCAGAUGCACAACACCUAAUCCAAGAUGUCAUGUAAAUGCUGAAUUCCACCUGUUCAGAAGCAGAUCAUCCACAAUAUCCUCUCAAACAAGUGUAUCUAGUGUGACUUUCAGUCUGACUGCAGACGUCUCACAUCAGGAUCAGUACAGCUGUGGUUACUCUUACAGGAAUGACAUCAUCAAGUCUUCCAGGAGUAACACUAUUGAAAUCACUGUGGUGAACCUGCAGAAGCCCAAUAUUUCUCUCAGUGGAUUGUUUGACUUUGGUCCUCAGGGUUCAGUGAUCACCAGAGGUCACAGCUUCACUAUUACUUGUUCAUCUGAAUCUCAGUAUUCUGGAGGCUUCUUCUCUCUGUUCAGUGGAUCAAACAUCACCAGUAGUCAACCAGCUGUCAAUCACUCAGCCGUCUUCAUCUUUCCUGAGGCAGAUUAUUUACAUGAGGGAAACUACAGUUGUGUUUAUGAAGUGAAUGUGUCCACACGUAACUUUCAUUCAGAUGCGUCUGACCUGCUGAUCAUCACUAUCAGAGCCUCUUUGCUUCCUGUCAUUGGUGGUGUUGUGUCAGCUGUACUUCUCAUCUUCUCUGCUCUUGUUAUCGUCUUCAUAGUGAAGAGAAGACAAAAGCAAAACAAUAAGGAGAUUCAUAAAAAGUGUUUCUUUAAGAAAGGUGAGGGUAAUACAUAUGAAGGUACAUCCCAUGACACCAAAAAUGAAGAGGAUGAUGAUGACGUAUAUCAAAAUAUGGAACUUGAUAAGAAAGACAAUGUGAGCAGUGAUGAUGACUCUGAACAGGACUAUAUUAAUGUGGAUCCAGAAAAUUUAAAACAGGAUUGUAUGAAUGCAGACACAGAUGAUUCUGAAGAGGAUUAUGUUAAUGUUGAUAUUACAGAAAACAGAGCUAUGGUAGACAGUAAAUGUGAUGAUGACCUCUAUGAAAGUUUUAUGGAUAAUGAGUGAACCUAAAAUACAGUAAAUUUACUUUAGAGCAGAGGUGCCCAGACUAUAGGGCCCGCGAACCGAAGCUGGCCUGUAAUGAGUUUUAAUUUGGCCCAUCAUGCCACAUGCGAUAAGGAAAAAGGAUAAACAUUAUUGACGCAGAUGUUCAUUUCUAAUUAAACAUUUUCUAGCAUGUAACAUUUUUUGUUUUAUUUGUACAUUACAAAAAUGUAAGUUGAAAUUUAAUUCAAGUAAUUAAAGUGAGUACAUUUUUUAUGUACAUGCAAAUGUACAUAAAUGUCAGUUAAAUAUGAGUGUUACAGCAAAGGGUCUGAAUACUUAUGACCAUUUGAUAUUUCAGUUUUUCUUUUAUAAAUUUGCUAAAAUUUCUACAUGUCUGUUUUUCUGUCAAGAUGGGGUGCUGAGUGUACAUUAAUGAGAAAUAAAAUGAACUUUUUUGAUUUUAGCAAAUGGCUGCAAUGAAACAAAGAGUGAAAAAUGUAAAGGGGUCUGAAAACUUUCCGUACCCACUGUACUUUUGACCCACAAAACCUAGUUAGGUUUGAGUUUUGAUCCUUAGGAAAAAGUUUGGGCACCCCUGUUUUAGAGACAGCAAUAUUCAUCAAAGACUGGUGGGCUAAAUGAUAAUGAUGUGGUUUUGUGUAUCCUGUCAAACACAUGAACUGUGUCCCAUCCAGUGGCGGCUCGUGACUCCUCAUCCGAGGGGGCGAAUUCAAAAUAAGUGUUCGGAGUAUCAUGUGUGUGGUUCCCUUUUCCAAAAUAUGUGUCCUGCGUGUUUAGAGAUCAUGUGUGCAUCACGUGUUUUGUCAAAAUAAGUGCCUGCUGCACACGCAUCAAAACCGUUUAUGAUAAAAGAGACGCUCAUGUUCCAAAAGACACUCCCUUAACAUUAAACUCUGAUUACGCAUGAGAUUAUGCGAGUAUCUGGCAAACGCGAGCGUCUCUUUUAUCAUAAACCCUUUGACGCAUCUGCAGCAGGCACUUUUUUUGGCAGGACACGUGAUGCACAUACGAUCUCUCAAAACCCAGAACACAUAUUUUGAAAUUACGUACCACACACAUGACGGGCUACAUACAUGUUGUGACGAACUUCGCAUCAUGCGCCCUCAGAAAAAGAAGUCACCAGCCUCCACUGUUAUCAUAAUGUUAUGGAGUCUCUUGAUGUCAGAGUCUUUGGCUACACUGUAAAAGCUUUGUUUCUUUUAAGGGGUCAAGCCCAGAAUGGGCGAAGACCCCUAUUGUAUCCGUUAGUUUUCUUAUUAUUCUUCCGUCUUCUUCUUCCGACAUUGCGGUAUAUGGCAGCCCAUAGCAGCGUACAUAGGAAAGUUAUGAAAUUUUGCACACUGAUAGAGGACUGUCCAAAAAGUCUCUACAGCAAAUUUGGAGUCUUAAUCUCUAAUCAGCUAGCGCCACCAACAGUCCAAAGCUGCACUUAUGUUUUUGCUUAUAACUUCUGAUCCACAAGUCCUAUAAACAUAAUUCUUGCUUCCUCUGAUUCCUUGGCUCAAGACGAUUCGAUUGGACCCUAUGACGUCAUUUUCCGUCAUUACAUUUUUUCCGCCAUUUUGAAUUAUUCGAAAAACCUACUUUUGCAAACUCGUCCUAGAGCUUUUGCCCGAUUGCCACGAAAAUCAGUAUGCAGCAUCUAUAGACACUCAAGGCAAAAAGUUAUUAAAAGAAUUUCGAUAAACCAAUCCGUUGUCGUAUAUAGCGCGUCAACAAAUUUUACGUAGAGUGCAAAAAAACAGGUUUUAGGCUGUAUCUUCGCCAAUCUUAUGUCUAUUGAUGCCACACUUGGUAGUUGUGAUGCCAGUGAGGAUCUGAGGGGGCAUGCAGAGUUUCGUCACAGCGUCACCUAGUGGUCAUACGAAUGCUGUACAUGCUUAUAACUUUGGCUGUGAUCAACGUAUUUUCACAGGACUUGAUUUUUUAGAGUCCUGAAUAGUUGCCAAGUCCAACGAUACCAAACAUGCCAUAAUUCGCCUUACGGUUAGCCCUGUGCAUCAAAAUAGUGCUUAAAAAACACACGCAAAUAUCUCCGCGAGCGUUUUUCCGAUUGACUCGAAAAUGCCAUAGGAAGAAUUUACUAGAUUUCACUAAAUGAGAACACAGCUUUUUUGCUGAUAACUAUUAUAUUGUUUUGUCUGAAAUCAAGAGAUUUUCCUAGGUUCUUUAAACUGCUCAUUCGAAGUCAACUUUACUUUCUGCUGUGCCCUUUUUGGCUUGACCCCGGUGAUUGCUGCUUGCAGCUAUAUUUCUUUCUGUUUUCAUAUAGCUUUCAAAAUUUUAAAACAAUAUUAAGAUAAGAUAAAGAUUUAAACUUGUUUAACUGUUAAUGAAAUGCUAAAUUAUGUUUUGCCAUCAGAAUUAUUUAAAUUUUCUGUCCUGAUGUUUUUGUGUAUUAAUAAAGUGUGAA